AUAUUAAAAGAUAAGUUAAAAUGGUUAGCAGUUACGGAAGACCAAUUAAGUUCUACAGUUUUUCAGCAUAAACAAGUGAAAUAUCCUUUAUUGGAUCAAUCAAUAAGACUCUGGGUUGAACAAAUUACCAACAGUGAAGUGAUUCUAACGGAAUUAAUGAUUAAGAAAAAGGUGAUUGUUUUUGCAAAAGCCUUGGGUCUAAGCGAUGAUACUUUAAAAUUUUCUAACGAAUGGAUCCAUAAAUUUAAACAGCGCAAUAAUCUUAGAAAUUUUAAAUUGUAUAGAGAAGCCAACAGUGCACCACUAUCUUCGCUUCUGGAAUAUAGAGAGAAAUUGCAUGAGUUGAUUGAAG